UUUAGUUACCUACGCAUGCGCUAGUGUAGGGGAUGGCUGAGAAGUCGUCGUAUGCCAGUUCGUCGUCUCUUGAACGUAUGCGACGCCUCUCGAAGUCGGACGACAGACUGAAUCGAUUUGAUUCGGUCCAGAGUGCGUCGCCGCAAUCUGUUCGUCCACCGCAUGCGCAGACGUGUUUGCCGGUGACUCGCGUGCUCGAAGUUCUCCGUCUCGACAACGUGCUGACGAGCGAACAAUGCACGGCCGCCGCCACUCAUUUAGAAUCGAUGCCACCGGAGACUCAAGGUAAUUGGCUCAGGAUUCUUCUUAUGAACAUGGUCAAGUACAAGCAGCUGACCAUUGAUGCUGCCGAGCGGUAUGCUUCACAGUUCGCUUUGGACACGAAUGCAGUCAAACAGCAAACGGAAACGUACAACUUUCCUGUCUACAAGUGGAAUAAACUUACCAGGAAUGCUCAACGGCGAAUUCUUCAAUUCGAUUUUCAAUCCAAGAAGAUGCUGGUUAUGCAUCGUGGGCAGGUUCAUAAGACAUUCUAUUUUACAGAGAUUUUGCGAUAUGAGGGAGACGAGAAUGAGCGAUUUUAUAUCUAUUUUGCCAAUCACCAUGAUUAUGAGUUGGAUGCAGAUUCGUUAGAGGACAAGAAUAAGAUAUUUUCAGUUCUCAACCAGAUUAUACAACAGAAUGGUGUUGGAGAUAAUGACAGUGAUGAUGAAACUGGUGAUAACUUUUCUUCGCAAGUUGAGAUAAAACAAGGACAACUGGAGAAGCGUGGACACAGUGCUGCAUAUUUCACGUGGGCAAAGCGUUGGGUGAAGGUAACUCCUGGCUCUUUAUCAUACUACAAGACGGAUAAUUUUCAUAAUGCACUGAAUAGUAUUCAACUGGGUGCUCGCUUUGCUACCGUUCAGAAAGUUGACCAUAACGGCUUUUCUGUUUCUACGACUACAAAAGAUUUUCAUUUUCGAAUUCCAAACCCAAACAAUGCUCGUCCAAUAGCAUCUGUUGCGGCCGAGCGAGAUCUUUGGAUCGAGGCUAUCUCCACAGCUGCAUCGUCUUUGAGAUUCUCUUCAGUGUUUAUUGGCCAGGAGUCUGGUGUGCCUGAAUCGAAAAAUGUGUCUGCGAUGGUUAGGAUGCUGAAGAGAGAACUGAAGAGUUUAUUACAGUCGCUGCCCGACACCGAAGGAUCUUCGCAUGCUGUUGCUCGAGUUCGAAAACUGCAUCAAAUGGCAAAAGCGAUUCAACAGGAAACGUCUGAGGUCACUCCUGUUGCGAGUGGGGGUAGUACUUCACCAGUAAAGGUGUUUUCGCCUUCACUUGCACUUGAUGAGCCAAAGGACUCGUUGUUUAAGUCCGUCCGGUCAAAGUUCAAACGAUUUGGAACACCGUCGAAGUCAAGUGGUGGUAAACCCGUGUCUAAAAUAUCAGCUCCGAUGCUUGUCACACGUCCAAACGAUCCGGCACAGCCAUCUGUUGUGUCUGCGAAGGCUGCAGCGGUGCCUAGUCCAAUUCUUGUGUUAUCGUCAGCAAAAGACAGCAAAAAGCCUGUAGGCAUACCCAGCAGUCAAUCGGAAAGUUUUAUUGUACAAAGCAGUCAGCCGAAGGAACAUCCAAAAUUGGUGAUGUCGAAAUCGGGACCGGCUCCACAUGUUCCUGCUCCCUACGUGUCGAAGUCAAAAUUGGCAUCAGUAGUAGCGACAUCGGAAGUCGUGCAUACAGAGAAUCAAUCAAGUGAACCCGUCUAUGAUUUACUCAUUCCAAAGGCGACCGAAAUGAAGCCUGAAAGUGAUAAGUUUGUCGGAGAGUAUGCGGAAGUUGGAGCAGAAGCUCAAUUGCAUACAACAAAAUCUCAGCUAGAAAGCAGCAAAAUGAGUGAAUUUCAAUCUAAUGAGUACUCAGUUGUACAAGCAUCUUCACGUAACUCGGACGAGAAGUCACCAUCUGCUCGACCCGUCGUCUACGAAACUGUAGAGCUUCCCACAUCAGCGAGCGGGCAGGAUGAUGUCUCAUCGGCUGUGCCAGUUGGUGUUUAUGAGAUCAUACAGCCUUUUGAAGAUUCGAAGUCUCCUCCAAGUGUACAACAUUUGGCUGCACCGGUGGUACCUCCGUCUUCUCAGGUGGCAGCUGUACCACCUCCGCCUCCACCCCUAGCUGGUGGAUUUCCACCGGGUGUACCUCCACCACCACCAGGAUUAGGAGGUUUGUUUGGAGGUUUAUUUCCAUCUCUUUUACCACCUAAACCGACGAUUACUCCCAACUGUAAAUUGAAGCAGUUCUUUUGGGCAAAGGUGCCGGACAUGAUGGUUUCGAAAGCAUUUUGGCUGGAGGCGAAUGAUGUCACAGACAAAUUGAAUGUCACUGACCUUGAGCAUAUGUUUGCUGCCGACGAGGCGUCGCCAUUGCCGACUGCACCAAAACCUGUUGCCCCGAAGAGCCUGCUGGAUAGUAAACGAGCCCAAAACUUAGGCAUCUUUCUGAGUGGUUUUAAGAUGUCUGUUGAAGAGUUGGAUGGAAAGUUGAAUGUUGUGGAUCCAGACAAAGGUUUGCCACUUGAACACGUCAUUUCACUGAAACGUUUUCAGCCGAGUGAAGAGGAUGUUGAAAUGUACAGAAAUUUUAGUGGCGACAAGAGUGUAUUACACUCUGUGGAUCAAUUUAUGAUGAAGUUAUGCUCUGUAGCUGAUCUCUCCAGAAGACUUGAGUUGAUGUUGACAAUUAGAGAAUUUCCUGAGCAGUUUGAAGAACUAUUACCGUCAAUAUCAACAGCAAUUGCAGCAUGCAAUGAGCUGACUGAAAAUCGGAAUUUUACUGUGGUGUUGGAAUAUGUUCUUGCCAUAGGCAAUUACCUCAAUGGUGGCACAGCACGAGGUGGUGCAUAUGGCUUUCAACUGAAGUCACUGCCAAAGUUGGCUGACACUCGUGGUCGUCGAAGUGCAAAAUAUACAUUACUUCAUUAUCUUGUCGACCUCUUAAAACAACGUGAUCCUUUGGCACUCAAUGUUGUUGACGAAAUGACUAACAUUCCAAAGGCAGUCAACGCAUCUGUUAAAGCAUUGGUAGCUGAAGUCGAUGUAAUGAAGCGAGAUCUGUCACGAAUCAGUCGUAAUGCGGACAACCUACUGAAGAAGAAAGAGCAUCCAUCUCAUACUGACAAAACUUUCAACUCAUCCGUCAAGGCAUUUGUUUUACGGUACGAAAAAGAGACCGAUGUCAUGGAUCGGCAGUGCUCACAGUUGAAGUCACAAUAUUUGUCUGUCUUGGAGAGAUACGGCGAACAACAGAACACAAAUUCAGAAGACAUAUUUAGCAGCGUGCACACAUUUCUCGAUCUCUUGAAGAAAGCGAAGAAAGAUCAAGGUUCAGGAACAGCAAGUGGAUCUGGGAAAUUCGUACCUCAGAAUGCUCCAACUGGUGCAUCGGCUCUGUCAUCAUUUAGUCUUCUUGCUCAAAUAGCGGCCAGUGACAAAGGAGGGAAGGUCUUGGCGAAACCUAAGAAGGAGACUCAGAGUAAUGGAAGAGUCACAAAUCCUGCAAUGACUGCAGCACCGCUUGUCUCACCAACCAUCUCUGUCUCUACCUCUGGCAGUCUUCAUUCACAGCAGUCUCUGUCUCCUCGGUUUACUUCUCCUGUUUCCGAUUCUACGUCGGACACAGAGUUGGUCAACGGUCGUCACCUGUCUGGGAGUCAAUCUGGAUGUUCGUCCGAUGUGGCAGUAGAAGCAGUGUACGACACGCCCAAGAGUUUCUGUUCAUUAGACAAUCCCGUAUCGACUUUCAAACCUGAUUUGACAGAGAGUAUCGGAUCCGGUGUCACAGUGACGUCAGCAGAGGCUUCUAUUCAAAAGUCAACAGCAACCGUAGCUUCAUAUGCACCGAAUGCCUCUCCUCCUCGCAGGUCCACAGACAACGCAACGAAUCACACUCAGCUGCAGUAUCAGUCUUCACCUCGUCUGUCUCGGUCACUGUCCGUACCCACGAGGCAGAGUUUUCAACCCACAAAGGAGGGAUACCUUCAGAAAAUGAGCGGGGGUAAGAAACGAGCGCCUCACUGGGACACGCGCUUUUUCGAGCUGUCAGACACGGGUUAUUUGCAUUACUACAAGAAGCAGGAUGGAAAGUGUAUGGGUUCGAUAUAUCUACGAGGAUGUCCUUUGUCCAUUAGCGAGAUCGAUUCUCGUGUGCUUGUGUUGGAAUCAGAGGGUCGGGUGUGGCAGUUGAAGGCAGACACGCCCGAGUUGUCUCGCGAGUGGCUGCACCUUCUGGAGUUUUAUACGAAAUCGUAACGACUUUCAUGUGUCUUAAUGACGGUAUGUUACAUUGCUCAUAGUUCACAGUACUUGUAGCUGCAACUUAGCAGCCAAUUGUAGUUCUGCUCUAUCAAUGUAUUUCAUUAUUUCUUACAUUUUCACGAGAUUGUUUUACAUUGCAGAGUUGUUGUGCCAUGUUAGGUUUUGCUGGAUCGGGCAGCCGACUUGUCUCUGUACUUUAUUGAUUUUUGCAUUGAUUUAUGGUUAGGUCAAGACUAAAUUAUACUCAAGUUGAUUUAAAUGUGUGACAUACUGCAGUGUUGGGCUAAUGUGUGCAUCACAAUGUGGUGUGCUCUAGUAGUAUUAUGUUAGAACUCUAAGAACCAAAACUGAUGCUGUAUGUUGUAUGGUCAUCGUAUAUUUUGACAUCGUGUGUAGACUGCUGAUAGUAGGUGUACAAGUUUUAAUACUGUACAACAGAGACUUUGAAACUGUGCUACUUUAUGAGCUUCUUGGUGCAUGCAGUUGUUUCUUUUCUUCUGUACUGGUUAUCAGUUAUGUAUGCAUAUACAG